AUGGCGAUGUCCAAUCACGCCGCCGCCGCGUCGAGGCAACCGCGGUCCCUGCAGUUCCGCCGCCGCGGCCAGCCCCCGGUCGUGACGGACCAGCCGUACCUCGGGCGUUGCGGCGGCUACGGCAACGGCAACAGGUUCAUCGUCACAGACCUCUCCACGCUCCAGAGCGACGGCGCCUGCCGCGGGGCGGAACUGCCGCAGCUCCGCGCGCUCCGCCUCACCCAGGACGAGUGGGACGACGUCGUACCCACUAACGUGGUGCCACAGAUCGUCCGCGUGGCGUGUGGCGACGGCGCCACCCGCGGGUUCACCUUCCGCUUCGCGAUGGAGGUGGACCGGCAGUUCAUACACGACGAGCGGGCCCUCCUGAUGGCGUGCAAGGAGAGGGAGCUCGGCGGCGGCGGCAGGCCGGACAAGUGCCCAAUCUGCUUGGAGGGCCUGGAGGGAGAGCCCGCCGUGCAGCCACCGAGGUGCCCGCACACGUUCCACCGCAGGUGCAUUUUAAUGUGGUUCUGCAAGGCGACGACGUGCCCAAUUUGCCGCUGUGACCUGAGGUUCUGUGCCCUGCCGGAGUUUCUUGCUCUGUAG